AUACCUGCCGGUGGGGGGCGGAGGGAGCCGCGAGAGCGCAGGCGCAGUAUCCGCGCCGGCGGCGCCCCUCUCCCAGUCCCGCCAGGCGGCCUCAGCCGCCCAGGCCGCGGUUUUCCUGGCGAAGCGCGCGGCGGCCUCUGCGGGCUCAGAGCCUGGAUCAGGCUCACGGCAGCGGGCAGCCCCGGCUGGAGCACUGGGCGCGCCUUCCUCGCCGCGACACACAGAAUUGAUUAUCUGAAGAAAUGGAUACAUCUCCCUCCAAAAAAUAUCCAGUUAAAAAACGGGUGAAAAUACAUCCCAACACGGUGAUGGUGAAAUAUACUUCUCAUUAUCCUCAGCCUGGGGAUGAUGGAUAUGAAGAAAUCAAUGAAGACUAUGGAAAUUUUAUGGAAGAAAAUCCAAAGAAAGGCCUGCUGAGUGAAAUGAAAAGAAAAGGAAGAACUUUCUUUGGAACAACGGAUACUCGACCUCCACUAACAGAAGACCCCAUGACCAAUGAGAUUGGACAAUUCCAAAGCUUUGCAGAAAAAAAUAUUUUUCAAUCCAGAAAAAUGUGGAUAGUGCUGUUUGGAUCUGCUUUGGCUCAUGGAUGUGUAGCUCUUAUCACUAGGCUUGUUUCUGAUCGUUCUAAAGUUCCAUCUCUAGAACUGAUUUUUAUCCGUUCUGUUUUGCAGGUCUUAUCUGUGUUAGUUGUGUGUUACUACCAGGAGGCCCCCUUUGGACCCAGUGGAUACAGAUUGCGACUCUUCUUCUAUGGUGUAUGCAAUGUCAUCUCUAUCACCUGUGCUUAUACAUCAUUUUCAAUAGUUCCUCCCAGCAAUGGGACCACUAUGUGGAGAGCCACAACCACAGUCUUUAGUGCCAUUUUGGCUUUUUUACUUGUAGAUGAGAAAAUGGCUUAUGUUGACAUGGCUACAGUUGUUUGCAGCAUCUUAGGUGUUUGUCUUGUCAUGAUCCCCAACAUUGUUGAUGAAGACAAUUCUUUGUUAAAUGCCUGGAAAGAAGCCUUUGGGUACACUAUGACUGUGAUGGCUGGACUGACCACUGCUCUUUCCAUGAUAGUAUACAGAUCCAUUAAGGAGAAGAUCAGCAUGUGGACUGCACUGUUUACCUUUGGUUGGACUGGGACAGUCUGGGGAGUAUCUACUAUGUUUGUUCUUCAAGAACCCAUCAUCCCAUUAGAUGGAGAAACCUGGAGUUAUCUCAUUGCUAUAUGCGUUUGUUCUACUGCAGCAUUCUUAGGAGUAUAUUAUGCCUUGGACAAAUUCCAUCCAGCUUUGGUCAGCACAGUACAACAUCUGGAGAUUGUGGUAGCUAUGGUCUUGCAGCUUCUAGUGUUACAUAUAUUUCCUAGUGUCUAUGAUGUCUUUGGAGGGAUAAUCAUUAUGAUUAGUGUUUUUGUCCUUGCUGGCUAUAAACUUUACUGGAGGAAUUUAAGAAGGCAGGAUUAUCAGGAAAUACUAGACUCUCCCAUUAAAUGAAUAUACUUGAUUAUGAUCUUGUUAAUGUUGAGUUAUUAAUAAGUACACUGCCAUUUAAUGUUCACCUAUCAAAGUUUUUGUGUUGUAUAACUGACAGAAUGCUAUAUAUGAUUAAUAUAUGCAGAUGUAGAAAAGCUUAUUCUAAUCUAAUAUAUUAAAAAACAAAUGUUAAAUUAUGUGAAAUAUCAUGAA